ACUGCACUUCAUCCAUCUCAUCUCUCGGCGCAAGUCGAACCUUCUCACUCUCUCUUCAUCAUCCUGAGGGAGCUCUCUUCCCAGAACAACACCGGCGGCUCUAGUCUUACAGCGCAAAAGGGACGAAUUGAGACUUAUUAUAACUGUAUUUAGAUUCAGCGGUAGUCUCGAGACACAGGUUACCCGUAUAGCCAGUUUUGGUUGACAGAAUCUGUGGUAGGGUGCAACACCACAGCUGCAAUAUGGCCCAGCAGGGCCUUGUUCUGGUGCUUGUGGUAGCCUUCCUGGGGACAACUACAGCCUUCCUGGCCACUCCGCUGAAUGCUUCCGACCCCGACGUCGCCUACAUCCUCUGCCCGGAUCAGACCGUAGGCGAGACCCGGGACCACAAGUGGAUCACCCGGGAGGCAAUCCGUCGCAACCUUCGUCAGUUCUUCUUGGACAACCCUCCACCAUCGAAGCCAGACUUCAAUGUCCCGUCGACGGCCACACUGACGCAGCUCUACUCUGCUUACUAUGGCGCCUCAGCCUCUCCUGCCCGCUUCAUUAAGGCUGUCAACUCCAUCGCUGCCUCCAACGUCAAUGCGGACUCCGCCACUCAGCUCAGACACGACCCAAACAUCCAAGGUGACGCGGAGGAGCUAUCAGAGCUGCAGAAGACGCUGUCGAACAGAUACCCACAGAUCUUGACCUCCAUCAUGGUGGACGAGGCUUACACCGCUUCACGCUCCCUCCUCGGCCUCUCCCUUCACUCCAUUCAGAAGUUCUACUCACAUUCCACCUGGAUCGAACUAGGUAAUACCGACAUAUUAUCUGAUCUUGGACUCCCCGGGUACGCGUUCGACGACGUAGCCGACCCAUCAGAGGACGUGUGCACCCCGUGCGCCACUCCUCAGGAAUGUACAGGCAACGUGGUGGCCGGGGCAGGUCUGAGCAGUGGGUAUUACCAGUACGACGACCCCACUGCUGACUCUUACCUCAUACCCAAACCCACAACAGGUGGGAAGUGCAGCCACGGAGGUGUGUUGGACCUUUCUGUUGAGGAGGCACCACAGGGAGGCGUUAACAAGGACACGGCCUCUCCCUGCUUCUCCCCGCACUAUUAUCUCCACGAGCAGGCAGCAGAGCUCGCUGUACAGGCGACGGACCACUACCUGACGGUGCUUCUGGAUGCUAUCGGUAACGAGAAGUACCGUCGCUUGUUCGACCUGUACCGUGGGUCGGCUCUCUCCAUCGCCAUCGACACCACUGGCUCCAUGACAGACGACAUCGAUGCUGUGAAAGCGCAAGUCAAGUCCAUCGUGGAGAACACCAGCCCUGAACUCUACAUCUUGGCUCCCUUCAACGAUCCCACGUAUGGUCCGGGCUUGAGGACAGACAACGCUACUGAGUUCCUGGAGGCCGUGAAUAGUCUCCGAGCGAGCGGUGGAAUCUCACCCUUGGAGGAGUUAUUCUGGUCUGGUCUUCAGCUGGCUCUCAGCCUGACGCCAGACUACGGCGACAUCUUCUGCUUCACCGACGCUGGCGGGAGGGACGGCGAGAAGAUGGAGAGUUGUGUGGCCAGGAGUCAACAACAACACAACAAGGUGUCAGUGAUCUACAGUGGUACCAUCCCCAGCGCAAGUCAGAAGAUGGUGCUCACUGAAGUGGAGGAGUACCAACGCCUUGCUGACGCCACCGGCGGUCUUUUCAUUCCCUCAGAGAAGUUCAGUAUCGACGCCAUCAUGCCAAUCCUCAACGAGGGUGUGCAGAGCGCCAGCGUAGACAUUACUCAGCUGAAGGACCUCCUGGGACCUGUGGACACCGACGUGCCUAUCGACAACUCCAUCAGCGACUUCGAAAUCCGCAUCGUCGGUACCAUCACAGACGCUAUACUGACGGACUUCACUGGCACUAAAUACGACCUCACGGACGAAGCGAGCCUCCAGUCAGACCCGACGAUUGAGGUGAUAAUUUACACCGACGGCCUUAAAUCUGUACGAUGGCUGGAGCCUCGUUAUGGUGUGUGGAGCCUCCAUACCGAUUCCGCGUCCACCUACACCAUCUCCGUCAGCGCCAACUCCACCUUGAGCUUCCUGGGCUGGUUCUCCAUCCUGGACCCUUCACCUCCUCAUCCACACUACCGCGCCGCAGAAGGCAACCCUCUCAUCAAUACUGUGUAUUACAUUGGGGUGACGCUGAUUGGCUAUUUGGAGAGCUACGUCACUGAUGUGACAUAUGUGGAGUAUGUAGACAAGAGCGGACUUCAGCUGAGAGAGAUCCCUUACAACGGCUUAGUCGACGAUGAAUUCUACAUCCGCUCAGACCCCCUUCCUGAAGAGCCCUUCUAUAUCAAAUUAUACGGUUACGUUCAGUCUGGCAACGUGUUUUGUCGCCUGAUGACGGUGCAGAUGACGCCUGUUGAGACGGGCGUGGGGGUCCUGGCCACCUCAGAAGACCUGUCAGCCCGCCCCGGCGAGACUGCGAAAGGAGACUUUAUCGUUUACAACUACGGCCUCAGUUCCUACUUCGCCCUCACAGGAACCGACGAUAAGGACUUCCUAGACGAAGUCACUCCUGAUAGAGUGUACAUCAUCCACAACGAAUCGGCGGUGGUGACAGUGUCCUUCGUGGUGCCGUCGAGUGCAGUGCCAGGCACGGUGAGCAUGGUGACCCUGACAGCCCAGAGCGAGGAGCAGACACAGUCUGUCAACAGUGCUAUCUCCCAGUUCGUUGUCCUCCCAGCAGUGUCAGACGACAGCCCACCCACCUGUGAGCUGGACAGUGAGCCUGACUGCUCAGGCUACGAACUGAAUGGCGUCUGUUCCGAUAAGACCUGGACCAUUCAGGCUACCCUCCAGGACAGUGUGUCAGGUCUGGUGAACGUGUAUGCCCGCCCUGACGGACUCUCCUCGUCAGUGGAUGGGUUAAACCCUGGCACAACAGGGAACGUAGUUAUCACCUACAGUGCUUCCUGCUGCACUUCCCAAGUCGACAUCAUCGGCGUCGACUCCUUAGGCAAUGUGGGCAAGUGCAUCAUCGAUAUGGGUGUACAAGGAGGUAUGAUCAUAGAUCUGGAGGCGUUAUCAGUGGGCCAGACGUGGGUGUACCUGACGUGGACCCUCACGCCCACUGAUUACGAGGUGCACAAGUACUCCAUCGUCAUCAACGACGACUUCACACAGGACAGCCGUUGCAAAGAUAGUGUGUGCUACGCCAACGUGACCGAGCUGGAGGCUUGUUCGCUCCAGACCUUCCAGGUAACACCCUACUUUACCGUGGCUGGCAGCGACCAAAUGGGUGAGCCAGCCUACACUAAUGCCUACACCACAGACGAAGUGCCUGGCACUCCCCAAGAUGGCGUGGUGGUGUCUAUAGAAGCCAACACAGCCACCAUCACCUGGGCGGCAAUUAACUCCAAAUGUAUCAGCCAGUAUCAAGUGUGCUACAAGGCAGUAGAUUCCGUAGGGUCAAGAGUGUGUGAACAGACAAGUGCCACCAGCUACGACAUGCUUGGGCUGGAAGCUUGUACUCAAUACGAGGUGAACGUCACCAGUCUGUCCCCUACAGGUCUGACCAGCGCUUCCUCCCUCAUCUUCGACGUCGAGACCAUUCUAGCUCCUCCUGGACUGCCAAGAAACGUUCAGACGGCUUUGUCACUACCAGACGCCAUCACUGUCACUUGGGACAACCCCUUGGAGAACGCUCACUGUAUUCAAAAAUUCGCUGUCUCCAUCACCGUGAAGGUGACCAGUGCAUUGACAGAGCUCCUGAUGAAGCAGCAGCGCGAGGUACAUAUGGUGGCCGCUGACAGUGACAACACCUUCACCAUCUACAACCUGGAGCCAUGUACCAACUACACCAUCGAGGUGGUCGCCAUCGCCUGGGACGACUCUCUGGGACCCUCUGUUCAGAGUGACUCAGCCACAGCAGAGACAAAUCCUGACCCCGUGUGGGAGCUGGCGACGAAGGAGGUCACUACUGUAUCCAUGGAGGUCACCUGGGAGGCAGCCAUCAUCUGUGUUGACCACUUCAAGAUCUGUUACUACGAUGAGGAGGAGGUGACCGAAAAGUGUGAGGUGGUGACUGAGCCGUCGGUGACGCUGACGGACCUGCUUCCGUGCGUCGAUUAUUUUGUCUCCGUCACCGCCGCCAGCUACUCUGACUACUACAGUACUGCUGUAUGGCAGACCAGGAGGACCCUCGACAUCGCACCUGGUACACCAGAGAAUUUGAUAGUCACCAGUAAAACGGCCCACAGCAUCGAGAUCGACUUUGACCCUCCGUCGGAUAGCCCACAGUGCGUCGCUGAAUACGUCAACUCGAUUGUCGAGUUAGACGACGUGACGAAGGGGUCAGAGUUCUUGUUCUACCAGCAGCGGGGCUACACUUUUGAUAACUUAGACGCUUGCACCCAUUACGAGAUAAAGGUUUGCGCUAGGUCAAGUGAGUUACAGGCAAGUAGUUGGGCAGUAGUUAAUGACACCACGGACGAGGAUGUCCCAACCGAGCCUCAAUCGUUCGUGGUGCGAGACGCGACUACCACGUCACUGACUGUCGCUUGGUGGACCCCGGAAAACAACAGCAGGUGUGUCGACUCCUACGAGCUGGAAUGGACAAACCCUUCAGGCGAGACGAACAGCGAGACCAUCACCCAUGUACCAGGUACCUCUCUGCCCUUCGUGGUGGAGAAGGAAAUAACGAAUCUGGACCCCUGCACCGAGUAUUCCUUGAAGGUUUGGACCAUCACUGCAUCAGGUAGCGUGGGCCCUUCCACUGCACUCACAGCUUCCACUGAAUGCUAAACACAGCGUUCAUAACAACAUCGAAACUUGGGUGUAUAUCACCGAUAUGCACCUCUCUGUGUAUACGCUGGUAUCUUGGAUACAUCGUAGCUGUGGAGUAAUUGCCAAGUAUUGCCACAGUUUUCCAAGCUAGUGUUGGGCUCUUUUUGAGAAAUCUCAGAUGUCGUUGAAAAUAUUAUUCCCAGAGUGUUAGUCAUUUGCAACGAGACAGAAAACAAACUUUCAAACUUUCUGAAUUUUUUUUUAUCGAAUAAGAGAGGGCCAUUUUCAAAUCUGGCAUCCUUGAUGUAUAUUGAAUUUGUAUUAAUUUGCUCUUAUAAAUUAAUUAGUGUUUGAAAAUUUUCACAACAAUAAUAAGAAUGCCCAGAUGAUUCCGGUGUGAGAUUCGCUUAGCAUUCUAAGACCACUGACUGCUAACUGUUAUAUAAAAAUGAGCCAAUUAUUAAAAUGAAA